CUAGUCUUCAUAUCCGGACCAUCAUACUUCUAUCAACAAUAUGGCUAUAUCUUUCAGCGACAUUAUCGGCGCUGGCCUUGCGUCGAAUGUUAUCGGUGCCAUAUGGUACGGUCCUCUGUUCGGUGAAAUAUUUAUCGGUGCUAUGAACAAAGAGAAGAAGUCGACCACGUGGGCAGAAGAAAGCAUGGAACGAAAGGGCUUCGUGAAAUUGCUACUUAUGGAGUUGUUCCUCGGUACACUGCAGGCUUGGGCGCUAUCUCACGGUGACAUGUCUAACUACUCGUCCGCCAUCUCCACGGGGCUCUGGAUGACUAUCUGCUUCCAGAUCCCAGCCACCAUCAGCUCCUCCACAUGGGAAGACAGGCCAGUCAUUGUGACAGUGAUGAAUGUAGCAAAGAACGCCCUUGUUCUUGUAUUGCAAGCAGCGUUGCUAUGCUAUCUAUCCAGCAUGGACAAGGCCCCGUGCUGUGCCGGUACCGAUACAGAAGUGCUCGAGGGUUGAGGGAUUUGUUGUACUCUGCCGAUGGCUGUGGUCUGCCUGUGGGCGUUGUAUACUUGGCAGUUUCAUGUGUACUGUACACCUCAUGCAGCCGACUGAUUUGAACUCAACAAGUAGCUCUAUGGAGCGGCUUGAGGUAGUCGUAUGAAGACACAUAUCGUCAUCUCGUUGCCUAAAUGCUCAAUCGUUUGGCUGAUUCUGCCCGGCUUUUUACCAAAUGACGUUUUACAAAUAUUAUAUUGCCUUUCAUCCUUGGUAUACCGGUCUAUGAACUAAAAUAACUGCACUGAACGUAACUGCACCUUAAUUGGACUUGCAAGAUUCUUUCCAGCGGUACGGUUGUAUGUGCCGUUUCAGCUAAAUAUGAUGGAAUCGUAAAAUCAUGGGCGACUUUAUACUCGGUUUGUAAGAUUCUACGCGGACGGCUCUGGAGACAAGGAAGGCUAUAUGUCACUUAAAGUUGAGUCUCAUUUUACAAAAGAGAAUAAAUCUAUCCGUCAUGUACCUCCUGUAAACAUUUAGCUUGGCGAUGAGA